CUGGAGACGGACGGCGUCGACGUCGACGCCGCGCGGCCCGCCGACGGCAUGCCGGCGCUCCACCUCGCGGCGCAGAAGGGCUCGGACGCCUGCGCGCGGAGCCUGCUCAAAGCGGGCGCCGACGCGGCGCUGGGCAACGGCGCGGGCCGUUCCGCGCUCCACGUGGGCGCGUCCCUGGGCCACUGGCAGGUCUGCGUCGCGCUGCUCCAGGAGGGCGGCGUGAACGUCGACGACCUGAGCCGCGACGGACGAGCCGCGUUGUCGUUCGCCGCGGAGCGGGGCCACGACGCGACGGCGCGCGAGCUCCUGCGCUUCGGCGCGGACGCGGCGCUCGCCGACGGCGCCGGGCGCACGGCGCUCCACUUCGCCGUCAUCGACGGGUCCGCGGCCUGCGUCGCGCGGCUGCGGAAGCACGGCGCGCCCCUGGACGCGCGGGACGAAAAAGGCGCGACGCCCGCGUCGCUCGCGGAGCAGCUCGGCGACGCGGAGGUGCUGCGCGCGCUC